UAGCCUGUUUACGUGCUGUGGCGUUCGGCAGACUGUUACUGGGGCAACGCGGAGGCUGGAGACGCGGAGCCAGAGUGGCACCGUGGCCGGGCCGGCGCGAGAGGCCUCGGGAUGCAGCUGCGGCACGUGCGGACGCUGCUCACCCCCCAGGAUGGUGCUGCAAAGGUCACCUGCAUGGCUUGGUCCUACAACAAUGCCAAGUUUGCUGUCUGCACUGUAGACAGGGUCGUGCUUCUGUAUGAUGAGCAUGGAGAGAGAAGGGACAAAUUUUCCACCAAGCCUGCUGAUGCAAAGUAUGGCAGGAAGAGCUACAUGGUGAAAGGCAUGGCAUUCUCUCCUGACUCCACCAAGAUUGCCAUUGGACAAACAGACAACAUCAUCUACGUCUACAAGAUCGGAGAGGAAUGGGGUGAUAAGAAGGUAAUCUGCAACAAGUUCAUUCAGACGAGCGCAGUGACGUGUUUGCUGUGGCCAGCAGAGAAUAUCAUUGUCUUUGGACUCGCCGAGGGGAAGGUUCGUUUAGCAAAUACAAAGACCAACAAGUCCUCCACCAUUUAUGGGACAGAUUCUUUUGUGGUCUCAUUAACCUCCAAUGUAUCUGGGAAGGGGAUCCUGUCUGGCCAUGCAGAUGGAACCAUUGUGCGCUACUUCUUUGAUGACGAAGGCUCAGGUGAAUCACAGGGUAAAUUGGUGACACACCCCUGCCCUCCAUAUGCCCUCACCUGGGCUUCCAGCAGUAUCGUGGCUGCAGGCUGCGACAAGAAGAUUAUAGCUUAUGGAAAAGAAGGCCACAUAAUUCAAACCUUUGAUUAUAGCCGGGAUCCCUCAGAGAAGGAGUUCACCACAGCAGUCACUAGCCCUGGGGGCCAGUCAGUUGUCAUUGGCAGCUACGACAGGCUGAGGGUGUUGAACUGGAGCCCCCGCAGGAGUGCCUGGGAGGAAGCCAAACCCAAAGAAAUCGCACACCUUUAUACUAUUACAGCCUUAGCCUGGAAGAGGGAUGGCUCGAGGCUCUGUGCGGGCACCCUUUGUGGAGGGGUGGAGCAGUUUGAUUGCUGCCUGCGCAGGAGCAUUUACAAAAAUAAAUUUGAAAUGACAUAUGUGGGGCCGAGCCAGGUCAUUGUGAAGAACCUUUCCACAGGAACCCGAGUGGUGCUGAAAUCCCACUAUGGCUAUGAGAUUGACGAGGUGAAGAUUUUGGGGAAGGAGAGGUACCUUGUGGCCCAUACCUCAGAUACACUGCUGCUGGGGGAUCUGAACUCCAACAAGCUCAGCGAGGUGGCCUGGCAAGGAUCCGGAGGGAACGAGAAGUUUUUCUUUGACAACGAGAACGUCUGCAUGAUCUUCAAUGCUGGAGAGCUGACUUUAGUGGAAUAUGGAAGCAAUGAAAUUCUGGGAUCUGUCCGCACAGAGUUUAUGAACCCUCAUCUCAUCAGUGUUCGCAUCAAUGAGAGGAGGCAAAGAGGGAUGGAGGAGAACAAGAGACUGGCAUAUCUCAUCGACAUCAAAACUAUAGCAGCAGUGGAUCUUGUUGGUGGCUACAACAUUGGCACCAUCAGCCAUGAUAGCAAGAUUGACUGGCUGGAGCUGAAUGAGACAGGCCACAAGCUUCUCUUCAGGGACAAGAAGAUGAGGUUGCAGCUGUAUGACAUUCAGAGCAGCACCAAGACCACGAUCCUGAACUACUGCUCCUAUGUGCAGUGGGUCCCAGGCAGUGAUGUGGUGGUGGCUCAGAACAGAAACAGCCUCUGCAUUUGGUACAACAACGAUGCCCCAGAGCGAGUUACCAUGUUCCCGCUGAAGGGGGAUAUCGUGAACCUGGAGCGGAGCAAUGGGAAGACUGAAGUGAUAGUGGCAGAAGGGGUGAACACGGUGUCCUACACGCUGGAUGAGGGGCUCAUUGAGUUUGGAACAGCAAUUGAUGAUGGGGACUAUAGCAGGGCAGCUGCAUUCUUGGAGACACUGGAAAUGUCCACGGAGACCGAAGCCAUGUGGAAGACCCUAAGCAGACUAGCCCUGGAGGCCAAGCAGCUGCACAUCGCUGAGAGAUGCUUCUCAGCGCUGGGCCACGUAUCAAAGGCACGAUUCCUUCAUGAAACCAAUGAGAUCGCCGACCAGGUGGCCAAGGAAUACGGUGGGGAUGGCACAGAUUAUUACCAGGUGCGUGCCCGCCUAGCCAUGCUGGAGAAGAAUUACAAGCUGGCAGAGAUGAUCUUCCUGGAGCAGAAUGCGGUGGAAGAGGCCAUGGAAAUGUACCAGGAGCUGCACAUGUGGGAGGAGUGCAUUGUGGUGGCAGAGGCCAAGGGGCACCCGGCGGUGGAGAAGCUGCGCCGGGGCUAUUAUCAGUGGCUGCUGGACACGCAGCAGGAGGAGAAGGCUGGGGAGGUGCAGGAGAGCCAGGGGGAGCACCUGGCCGCCGUGGGCCUCUACCUGAGGGCUGGGCUGCCUGCCCGAGCCGCUCGGCUGGCCAUGGCUAGAGACCUGCUCCUGGCCAAUGGAGAUGUCAUCAACCGAAUCACCACCGCGCUGAUCAAAGGGGAGCUGUACGAGCAGGCUGGAGACCUGUUUGAGACGAUCAGGAACCCCCAGAAGGCUCUGGAGUGUUACUGCAAGGGCUGCGCCUUCCUGAAAGCGGUGGAGCUGGCUCGCGUGGCAUUCCCUGCGGAGGUGCUGAAGCUGGAGGAGGCCUGGGGAGAUCACCUGGUGCAGCAGAAGCAGCUGGAUGCUGCCAUUAACCAUUACAUUGAAGCCAGGUGCUCCGUCAAGGCCAUUGAGGCAGCCCUGGGGGCCCGGCAGUGGAAGAAGGCCAUUUACAUCCUGGAUUCCCAAGAGAAAAGGAUAGCAGUCAAGUACUACCCAAGGAUCGCCCAGCACUACGCCGCCUUGCAGGAAUUCCAGAUCGCAGAGGAGCUGUUCAUCAAAGGAGAUCGGCCCAAGGAUGCGAUUGACAUGUACACGCAGGCGGGGCUCUGGGAGCAGGCACACAAGCUGGCGACCAAGUGCAUGAGGCAGGAAGAUGUGUCCGUGCUGUACAUCACCCAGGCUCAAGAGAUGGAGAAGCAGGGCAAAUACAAAGAAGCAGAGCGGCUGUACAUCACAGUGGAGGAACCUGACUUGGCCAUCACCAUGUAUAAAAAGUGUAAGAUGUAUGAUGAGAUGAUUCGCCUGGUAGCAAAGUACCACAAGGACUUGCUGAGUGACACACACCUGCAUCUGGGGAAGGAGCUGGCGACUGAGGGCCGCUUGCAGGAGGCUGAGUACCACUACCUGGAAGCCAAGGAAUGGAAGGCCACAGUGAACAUGUACAGAGUGAAUGACAUGUGGGAGGAUGCGUACAGGGUGGCCAAGGCCCAUGGGGGGGCGAAUUCCUACAAGCAUGUGACCUAUCUGUGGGCAAAGAGCCUCGGAGGGGAAGCUGCUGUGAAACUCCUCAAUAAGUUUGGGCUCCUGGAAAUGGCCAUCGACCAUGCAGCAGACAAUGGCGUCUUUGACUUUGCGUUCGAACUGGCUCGGCUCUCACUGAAGCAGAAGACACCUGAGAUUCACUUGAAGUACGCCAUGUUCCUGGAGGACGAGGGCAAGUUCGAAGAGGCUGAGUCCGAAUUCAUUAAAGCUGGGAAGCCCAAGGAAGCGGUGCUAAUGUUUGUCCACAACCAGAACUGGGACGCUGCCCAGCGCGUGGCUGAGGCCCAUGACCCAGACAGUGUGGCCGACGUGCUUGUGGGGCAGGCUCGCUUUGCCUUUGAGCAGAAGGAAUUCCAGAAAGCAGAGGCCUUCCUCCUGCGAGCCCAGCGGCCAGAGCUGGCCGUGAAAUAUUACAAGGAGGCCGGCAUGUGGAGCGACGCCCUGCGGACCUGUAAGGAGUACGUCCCCAGCCGGCUGGAGGUGCUGCAGGAGGAGUACGACAAGGAGGCUGCCAAGAAAGGGACCAGAGGCGUGGAGGGCAUGCUGGAGCAGGCCCGACAGUGGGAGCAGGCUGGGGAAUACGCCAGGGCUGUGGACUGCUACCUGAAGAUACAGGAUCCCAGUAACAGCCAGCUGAUGGAGAAGUGCUGGCUGAAGGUAAGUCCUGAGCCCCCACCCCUCCUCUGGUACCCCAGGGGUUCCCCCACCUCAAAGAGACACCAUGCCCAACUCCCAAGUGACUCUGGGGGCUUCAGACUGACUGACACCCGAGAGAUGAGCAGGGACGUCGUGGCGGCCAAGCUCUCCAUCUCCCUUCUGCGCCACACUGAGCUCAUCCCUGCAGACAAGGCCUUUUAUGAAGCUGGCACAGCAGCCAAGGCGGUCGGCUGGGAGAAUAUGGCAUUCAUCUUCCUGAACCGUUUCCUGGAUCUCACCGACGCCAUUGAAGAGGGCACGCUCGAUGCUCUGGACCACGUCGACUUCCAGAACACGGACAUCCCCUUCGAGGUGCCGCUCCCAGCGCAUCAGCACGUGGCUGAGGCGACGCGGGAGGAGAUCAGGGACUGGGUGCUCACCAUGUCCAUGGACCAGCGGCUGGAGCAGGUCCUGCCCCGAGACGAGCGGGACACGUACGAGGCUUCGCUGGUGGCCGCAAGCACGGGUGUGUGCUCCCUGCCUUGCCUGCUCACCGGCUACCCCGUGCUGAGGAACAAGGUCGAGUUCAAGCAGCCUGGGAAAGAAGCCAACAAAGACACAUGGAACAAAUUCCUGAUGGCCGUCAAGACGUCCCAUAGUCCUGUGUGCCAAGACGUGCUCAAGUUCAUCGGCCAGUGGUCUGGGGGGUUGCCGAGCAGCAGCUUCUCUUUCCAGUGAGCGGGGCAGUGCCCGAUGGCCGGC